CCGGAAGGCCCUGGGCUCCCCUUGGCAGACCGGUAACAGUGUUGCAAUGCAUGACGCCGGUGCAUUGAUUUCUGGUGUCCCACGACAGUCACACCAGCGGCAAGAGUUGAGGGUUGCGCCGAGUUGCGAGUGGUUGGACAACCCCCUAACCAUCAUGUACGAUGUUUCGGGUGCCAUUUUUCUUCUUCUUCUUUUCUUCUCCUUCUUCUUCCUGGUGUUGUGUUGUCUAUGUCGAACAUCUGCUGUAUGAUUGUCGUAUUCCCUACGGCUUUGCGAACCGGUGUCCAGCGGUGGACUCCUCGUCGCCGUGUGUUUCGGCAGUUACACAUGGCCCGAGGACGACGGGCUGGUGGACCUGUAAUAAGGCUGUCCGUCAAGGGAUCACACCGAAAUUUGACAUCGAACGAUGGUUUUCCUUUCUUUCCUGCCGUGCCGGAGGAUUGGAGCGAGUUGUUUCUCAUACUGCAUUUAUUCGUGUCGCACGGAAGAGAUGGGCCGACUGUGUACUACUCUUCCCUGAAUCGAGCAACUCGUUGCAUUUGCCGUGCUACGUCAAGGGAUUUUCCCCGGCAAGCUUAGUGCUACGAUACUUUAUGCCACUGGCGGCUCCCGUUACCUCUUCCGGUGGUGGAAUCCACGCCCUCGAGCUGUCAAUUCGACGAAGAACACAAAACAAUGAGAAAAGGGGGGAAGGGAUCCCGCUCCCAGCGUCAAUCUGUUAAACCAACCCACCCAUUGUGAUCCAUGGUCUCAUUAGAAUACUUAAUUAGGUAGUUAAUAAUAAUUAAAACAUAGCCAUUACAUGCGAAAAUCAGAUGGCGUGACGGUAUACAGGAAUGUGCUUACGGAGAUUUGUG